AUGUCCCAAAACAAUUCAAAAAACAUGCAGAAUGGCGACGAUUCCGCCUCUGCCUCUGCCUCUGUGGCUGUGGUUGUGCGCGUACGGCCAAUGGCCAAGGCGGAGGUGAAACGUGGAUGCAGCGUUGCGGUGGAGCGAGCAACGGACGGAUCGCCCCAGAAGGACAUUUUCGAGACCUGUGUCCGGGGUAAGGUGAAGAAAUUGCUCGAUGGCUACAACGUGACCAUCCUGGCCUACGGACAGACCGGCUCGGGCAAGACCUACACCAUGGACACGGCCUGCAGUGGUGUGCCCGACGACAAUAUGGGCGUGAUCCCGAGGGCAGUGGACACCAUUUUCCAGGACAUUGGACUGCUGAAGGAUGAAUACGAUUUCAGUGUGAGCUGCUCUUUCGUGGAGCUGUACCUGGAGCAAUCGUUCGAUCUGUUUUCGCCCCGAAAGAGUCCCGUCAAAAUGCACGAGUCGGAGAACCGAAUUCUGAUGCCUGGCCUGACCCAGCUGCAGGUUGGCUCCGCCCAGGAGGUAACCAAACAUCUGAUAUGGGGCUCUGCCAAGCGCACAACUGCAUCUACGGCGAUGAGCAAGAAGUCUUCCCGAUCCCACGCAAUAUUCACAAUUACCAUUGUGGCCACCAAGUUGGCUGGCGAAGGAGCCAACUCCGUGACGACGUCCAGGUUCAACCUGGUGGAUCUGGCCGGCUCGGAGCGCUGCACCAAGACCUUGACGAGGGGCGACCGGUUCAAGGAGGGCGUCAACAUAAACAAGAGUCUGCUGGCCCUUGGCAACGUGCUCAACGCUUUGGGCUCCAGCAGAACUCCGGCUGGACACGUGUCCUACCGACAGUCGAAGCUGACGCGCUUCCUGCAGGAGUCGCUGGGCGGCAACUCCAUCACCUUGAUGAUUGCCUGCGUCAGUUGCUCCGACUAUAAUGUGGCAGAGACCCUUAGCACCCUGCGCUAUGCGAAUCGAACUCUCCAAAUUAAAAAUAAGCCGGUGAUCAACAUGAUUUCGCUUUUGGACGAGUUCAGCAUUCAGCAGCAGCGCAGUGAGCUGCAGGCCACCGGAGAGUCCGAGCCAAAGAGUUCCACCGAAACCGACAUUUCGGCAGCGACUGAAGACCAACAGAGUGGUGGUGGUGGUGGUGGUGGUGGUGGUGGUGGGGAUGAUGAUGGUAUUGUCGAGACCCUCAUGGAGCAGGCUGAUGAGAUAAAGCUGGCGUAUCACGAUCUGCAGCUGAACGACGGUCGCGGGGACGAGGUGCCAGAGAUGCUCCACUUCCAGCCGGAGCAGAUCACCAGCGAGCAGUUGCAACUGAUCGACAAUCUGCGCAGCCAUAACCAGAGUCUAGAGCAGAAGCAACUGCUGUACGACUUUGUCUGCUGCAACUACUCUGAGCGAGAUGGCGACGACGAGGAAGCUGGCGCAGAUCUCUUGGCCAAGGGUGGCGCUCUGCUCAAUCAGCUGACCAGCAUGAAGAUGCAGGACACCUCGGCCGAGGCACGAGCCAAACAGUUGCAACUGCUGCAGGCACAGAUCACCAAGCAUCUCACACUGGCCAACGAGCUGAUGAUGCGCAAGGAGGACCGCAAAAGUUUGAGUGAACUUAACGCCGAAAUCAAAUCCAUAAAUGAAUCAAAAUGGAAGAUUAUCCAGCAGUACCGCCAGUUGAAGAUGGCGAGCAAUAUGCAGCUGCUCCAGGUGGAGAGCAAGGACCCUCAGACGGAGAGCACAGCGAAGGGAAAGACUAAGAGCAAGGCGGCAAAGAAGGGAAAGAAGACGAGAAAGUGCGAGGAGGCCCUGGCCACCAACAAGCGGCCCAGCCAGCCAUCGACUCAGAGCCAAGUGAAGGCCAUUGAAGACCAAAGGGACGCUUCCAACUGGAUCGAUAACGAGUUGAAUGUCAUCCUCGCCCUGGUGGAUGCUGAGCACAACAUGAAGGAUCGGCAGGCGAUUGCCAACGAAUACAAUUUCGUCAAAGAAAAGUUGUUAAGCGCGGACAUGGACGAGGCUAAGAAGCCCAGAUGGCUGGGCCAGAUCGAGGAGGAGCACGAAAUGCGCAACGCCCAGAUGGACGUUUUGCAGCAGAAGGCGAGCAUCAAAGACUUGGACAGUCGCCUGCGGGGCUUCACUUCACUGAACAUCUACGAGUUGGGAGAAAUCCACCAGAAGACGCUCAAUGCUCUCGUCCUGCAGCGGCGCCAGCAAGCGGUCUGUAAAAACGAGCAGCAGAAUCUGGACGCCGAGCAGAGGUGCCUGCUACAAGAGAAGGAUCAACAGAUCAAAGCCCUGACCGAGCAACUGUUCCAUGCCCAUGAACAUCAGGAAGAGCUGGCGCAGAAGCUGAGCCUCCUGCUACGCUCCCACGAAGCCCCCCAACUGAUGGACGGACAUUGCAAUGAACAGUCCGAUGAGAGCAGAGGCACAAGCCAAAAGAACGAAGAGUUCUGUCAGCCCACAGAAAGCGAGAAGCAGGCCAGCAGCAGAACCGGCAAAAAGGGUUCAGAAGAAUUACCACUCGCCACAUCGGCAAUCGAGGAUCAAGGCGGCACCAGCACCCCUUCAUAGAAACACUGAACAGGCGAAAUCGAUCUUCAAGGAACCAUUCUCUUGGCAUACAUUUCUUUCUGUCAGAGCUGCCCAUCGUUUGCUUCUUGUCUGUCCUUUAGACCCCGCGUGGUGUCUGCCUCCGCCCGAUCUUCCUCCUCAAAGAAGACUCUUCGACAACCUCAUAUAUU